AUGCUCUCCACGAUGAAAUCCAUUGGUAUCUUCCCGGCCUCGGGUGGUCUCGGGGGAAGCACUUACGAGUACCUUCGCAAGCUGUUACCCAACGAUAGGAUCAUUCUGGUCAACAGGUUUCCGGAGAAAGUGCCCCAAGAACACCUCGAGGAUGGUAUCAGAGCACGUCAAGCCUCAUAUGAGUCAAGUCCUUCGGAUUUAGAGGCUGCGUUCGCAGGCAUCGAUGUGCUCUUCCUUAUCUCAUACCCUAGUCAUGUUCAUGACUAUCGCCGGAAGGUGCAACUACCAGCCAUAGACGCUGCACGGCGCGCCGGCGUCAAGCACAUCUUCUACAGCUCCCUCGGCUUUGCUGGGGACUACCAAGAUUCAUCGCUGGCAGAGGUGAUGCAAGCCCAUCUCGACUCGGAACGGCACCUCACUGAAGCAGCUGCCUCAGACCCGAGCUUCACCUUCACCUCCGUUCGCGAGGGUCUCUACUCGGAAUCGUAUCCGAUAUACACCUCAUUCUUCGACAUCAACGCACCAGCAGACGAGAUUCUCAUUCCGCACGACGGCUCCGGGCCCGGCGUUGCGUGGGUCAAGCGCAACGAGCUUGGCGAGGCGACGGCACGGCUCAUCGCGAACUACUCAUGGGACCCCGACGAGUUUCCAUACGUCAACAAAAAGAUACUUCUCACGGGCCCGAAAGUCUGGUCUCUAGAAGAGACCGUCCAGGUCCUCGGACAAGUCGUGGGGAAGGACGUUCGCAUUCGCCAGAUUGAUGUGGAUGAGUAUGUGAAGCUGCCGCAGGUGGUGUCGCGAUUCGGGUCGGAGGAGAAGGCUCGAACGUGGGCGACAGCUUGGGAUGCGAUACGGGCCGGUGAGACUGCUGUUGCGACGGAACACUUGAAAGACAUCAUCGGAAGGGAGCCGGAGCCGUUUGAUGUGACCAUCAAGCGGUUGAAGCAGGUUUAA